GGUCCCGGUGGCGUGUUUGUGUCACGAGAAGUCAACGUCAAUAUCCAUCUGCAUUCGUUCACAGACGUGUAGGGUAGAUCAGCUCUAGAAACGAGAUUGAAUCGACGAAACAAAAAAGUUGGUGCCUUCAGAUUCGGGAUCUGUGAAGUCUCUUCAUGGCAGUCAGAAGGGGACACAUUAGAUACUUAAAAGAGGUGCAUGACAUGUCUAACGGUUACGAAGAUCACAUGGCAGAUGAAGGCAAAGAUGCCAGAACAAACCUUAUUGUCAAUUACCUGCCCCAGAACAUGACCCAAGAUGAACUACGCAGCCUCUUCAGCAGUAUUGGGGAGGUAGAGUCUGCCAAGCUUAUCCGUGAUAAAGUGGCAGGCCACAGUUUAGGGUACGGAUUUGUUAACUAUCUUAACCCUAGUGAUGCAGAAAGGGCAAUCAAUACACUCAAUGGGCUGAGACUACAGUCUAAAACUAUCAAGGUUUCUUAUGCCAGACCAAGCUCAGACACCAUAAAGGAUGCCAACCUGUACAUUAGUGGGCUGCCCAAAACCAUGACGCAGAAAGAUGUGGAGGACAUGUUUACUCGCUAUGGUCGAAUCAUUAACUCACGCGUUCUCGUUGACCAGGGAACAGGUGAGUGCAGUAUGUCGCGAGGUGUGGCAUUCAUUCGCUUUGACAAGCGAGCAGAGGCUGAAGACGCCAUUAAGGACUUGAAUGGCCAGAAACCACCUGGUGCCACAGAGCCCAUCACCGUGAAGUUUGCUGCCAACCCCAACCAGGCGAAGAACUCUCAGAUUAUCUCGCAGAUCUACCAUGCGCAGUCCCGGCGCUUUGGAGGGCCCGUUCACCACCAGGCCCAGAGGUUCAGGUUCUCACCCAUGAGUGUGGACCAUAUGAGCGGCAUCUCUGGGGUGAACGUCCCCGGGAACUCCACCUCUGGCUGGUGCAUCUUCAUCUACAAUCUGGGCCAGGAUGCCGACGAGGGCAUUCUUUGGCAGAUGUUCGGCCCGUUUGGAGCGGUCACCAACGUCAAAGUCAUCCGAGACUUUAACACCAAUAAAUGCAAAGGGUUUGGCUUUGUGACCAUGACAAACUACGAGGAGGCAGCAAUGGCCAUUGCUAGCCUCAACGGUUAUCGCCUUGGGGACAAAAUCUUACAGGUGUCUUUUAAAACCAACAAGUCUCACAAGUAAAUGUAAGACCCAGAUGAAGGAGAGAUCUCAAGUUUUUCAGUCGAAAAAGAGAGGUUGGCACUGUUUAAAUGCUAAUGUUUUUUUAAGUGUAAUCCACUCUGUGCAUUUUCAAGUUUUACAAUACUCGUAGAAGUCUAAUGGAAAGUAGACAUUUUUCAAUCUGUUGGAUGAUGCGACAAAUGUUUUAAAUGUGCUCUGCAUCUCCGAAAUUAUAUAGACCAACUCCAUAUUUCAAAAAGACUAGUAGUUCCUGUCUGAUAAUGUCACAAUGUGCCAUAUAUGUGGUGAAAAAUGCAAGGCAUGCUCUCUUUUAAGACUCUGAUCUACUGUCCACAGCACUACGGGGAUUUCACGAGUCCAAGAUAGUUUGGAAACAAGAUGCCUUAAUUUUAUUUCGCCCCUAGUCCCUCCCCACCUCUGACUCUCGUUCAGAUAAGUUGUCACAUGUUGGUCUGUAGAUUUGCAUGACUAUCAGUCACCAAGUAACACUGUAGUCGAGGAGCUCUUCUCAGAGCAAUAUCAGAGUUUUUAAGUACAGCUUUCUUGGCACGUGACUUAAAAAAUAAAUAAAGAAAAAAACUUUCAUGGACAACGUGUGGGGUGUAGCGCUGUUGCGUUUCUUAGUGCAUAACCAGGAGCGGAUUUUGUUUCCUUUUUUUUUUUUUAUUAUUAUUAACUUGUAAUUUUACGAAAGGGACCCAGAGAAAAGACACUAGGUAAAGAAGGACCAAAGAAAUCAAUUGAAGGUGUCAUUUUCCUCUCAAAACAAAAAUUGGGGCACGAAAGCACCCCCAACCCCCCCAAAAAAAAAAAAACAACAACUAAAAACUCAUUGGAAUUAUCUGGAUACAAGGAAGGUACUAAAUAUCUGUUUAAAAUGUCAUAUUUGAAGUUUGGUGUUCUCUUGUGAAAUGUUUGCUUUGUGUCUGAUGAAUUUUCUUUCUUUUUUUUGCCUGCGUGAAAGUCAAAUUUGCUUUUUUUUUUCUCUAAGAAGUGUAGUUAAAUAUGAAAGAGGCUGUUUAAUUUUUCUACAUACUAAUAAUCCCUGACAUUUCUGGAGACUGCCUUGUGAUUUUAUUGUUUUCUUUUUUUCCCCCUUUUGCUUUUGUGGUUUCCUCUGUUUUCAUUGUUUCACUUGGCAUUUGCUAUCAUUAAAUUUUAUUUCUUUUUGGCGACCUUUUUUGUUUUGUUUCAUUUUUUUUUUAAACUCCUUUGAUUUCACUCAUUCAUUUUGGUUUGUUAGUGUAGUUAGGACGGAGGUGACUGCCUAGAGAGGGACAGACUGCCAUAUUCAGCGGAGGCUCGGAUAAACUUGCUCCAGCUUUAGAAUUUUCUUUUUCCUCUAUGAGAGGUUUUAGACAGCACGUACGUUACUCGAACCUGCUGUUGGGCCGAAUGAAUGUGAGAUCUGGCAUUAACCAGUGGAUGCUUUGGAACACUCAAGUCAUGUCCAUUAAUUAAAUCAUUCAAAACUGUUUCUGAAUAUGGGAUAUUCUGACAUUUGUCACUGACAGGAGUAGAUAUAGUGUAGGUGUUUUGUGCAAGCGUUGGAGCAGACAGUUGUCAUACAGAAUAAGCCAGAGAUCCAAGCACUCAAUCACUCAACCCAGCAAGAGUUAAAUUAAUGAGUAAGAUUGAUAUUAUUUUACUGCGAAACAUGAUGCUGAAAGAGGAUCUUAACAUCAUUCUUCCUUAAGGAUCCCUGAAACUGUAAUGGCCUGAGGCAUAAAGAUGAACAUAUUUUGAUUAUUAGUGGGUAUGUGUUGGAAGAUAGAUGACAUUUUGGUAGGAAGUUAUAUAUAUAUAUAUAUAUAUGUUGCAGGUAAGACAGGCUUUCAAGUUGAUUUGACUGACACAUUACUUUAAAUGUCAGUAGAGCACAUGGAAAGGUUCACAUCAUGAAUACACCAUUUGAGAUGCCCACUGGCAGUGUUAAAACCAUGUGAUUUGAUUACCAUAUUUAUAAGCAAAACCAACCUUAGAGAUUGCACCCUCAUGUGUGUUCAUGAUUGAGAAUAAGUGCUGCUUCUGCCAAGUAAUCAGGAACCAAGGUUUGUGCAAACUUAGUAUUAAUCUGCUCUGUCGUGAAGUGUCGAUUGGAAGAGUAUUGUUACAGUCAGUUGAUUUGGAAUUUUGUCGCUGCAUGACAAACCAUCACAUGAGAGUCAUUUUUCCUGCUGUGAGGUGAAAACAGUGCCCUCUUGUGGCACAAUUAGUCAGCGCAUCCACACAUUGAUUUUACCUUACAGUUCAGGCUGUUUCUCUACUUACUUUAUUGCAAAUAUCAUAUCUAUUAAUUUGUAUUUAAAUGGGUUCCUUUUUCUAAGCCUUCAUUUUGUGUGAGAAGGGGAAAGAUUGGAGAGGGAGAUGCACAAUAUAUUUAUUUCUGUCAUUGUGUGUGGUUUUACAUGUUUGUACAUUUUCUUCUGAGCAUUUAUUUUACAGUUGAAUGAUUUGAAGUCUGUUUUACAUCUGUAGUAGGAAACCUCUGUGGCGAGAUAACGUCUAACAUAAAUUUGUAUAAAAUAAAACGGUCCUGAGAUAAUA